GAUGAGGAUCUGAGGGGAGUUUGCCAGAUCUGGGGCUGCAUCAUUCAGCACAUCUGGAAGUGGUUUAUGGGGCUCUUUCACUACGCCAGUGCAAUGUCUGGAUUCUGAGCAGCUUCUCAGAGGCAGAAAAAGGAAAGAAAAACCAGCACCGCUCCAAAGUACACUUGAAGGAUUUGAAAAAGGAUUCCCAAUUUAAAAGCAUUACUGUGGCCCUUUAAGGCUCAUGUACCUAGGAUUUCCAAGGGGAGUCAUGGGCAAGGCAGUUUUGGCAUGAGCGCUUGCAGUUUUGGGUGAGCUAGGAACCAAGUGUUGUCGCCCUGCAAUUCUUCUGGAGAAAGAAGCCGUGAGUGCUGUGCUGCGUUUGAAAGAUUGCAGUUCUUAACCAAAGGAACAUAUGGCUCUGUUAAGGAAAAUGUUUCCAGUAACAUCCUACUCAGUCAGGGGUGAUUUAUGUUAGACUGCUUAAGCAUUCAGUCCAAGGCAGACUCUGGUAGAAGCUGAAAAAUCCAAAUAUACAUUAAUCAGAUCUUAUUAUUCCUACUUCUUUUGACCAUCUGUGUCAUUCUGUAUAAUAAAGUUCACAAGGUGCCAUCUACAUUAAAUAAUGAAACAAUUGAUUUGGAGAGUCCUGAGGAAAUGGAAGAAGAAAUUCCAGUGGUGAUAUGUGCUGCUGCGGGUAGAAUGGGUGCAGCGGUAGCAGCAAUCAGUAGCAUCUACAGCAACACCGAUGCUAAUGUUUUGUUCUACAUAGUUGGCCUAAAGAACACAAUUCCACAUAUCAGAAAAUGGAUUGAAAAUUCCAAACUGAAAGAAAUAAAGUAUAAAACUGUGGAGUUCAACCCUAUGGUACUAAAAGGAAAAAUAAGACCAGAUGCAUCACGCCCUGAGUUACUCCAGCCUCUGAACUUCGUUCGAUAUUAUCUCCCCCUGCUUAUCCACAAACAUGAGAAAGUCAUAUAUUUGGAUGAUGAUGUGAUUGUGCAAGGUGACAUCCAGGAACUGUACGACACAAAGCUAGCUCCAGGCCAUGCUGCAGCUUUUUCAGACGACUGUGAUUUGCCUUCUACUCAUGAAAUGGUGAGAAGUGUAGGAAUGCAGAACACAUACAUGGGAUAUCUGGACUACCGGAAGCAAACAAUUAGAGAUCUUGGCAUCAGCCCCAGUACCUGCUCCUUUAAUCCUGGUGUAAUUGUGGCUAAUAUGACAGAAUGGAAGCACCAGCGGAUUACAAAGCAAUUAGAAAAAUGGAUGCAAAGAAAUGUAGAAGAAAACCUCUACAGCAGCACCCUUGGGGGAGGUGUGGCCACCUCUCCAAUGCUCAUUGUAUUCCAUGGAAAAUAUUCUACUAUUAAUCCCUUGUGGCAUGUCCGACAUCUUGGGUGGAGUCCCGAUGCCAGGUAUUCAGAGCAUUUUCUUCAAGAAGCUAAAUUACUUCAUUGGAAUGGAAGGUAUAAACCUUGGGAUUACCCUAGUGUUCAUAAUGACCUAUGGGAAAACUGGUUUAUCCCUGACCCAUCGGGGAAGUUUAAAAUGAUUCGUCCCAAUAGCUGAUACUGAAAGACGUCUAAAAUGUUUAUGCCUUUAAAAAUAAAUCAGUUUCCAGCAA